AUGAUUGCCCGUACUACAGAAUCCCCGCCUCCCUCUCAAUAUGGGCCUCCGUUCCAGGUCAUUAUUGUCGGAGCUGGCGUGGCUGGCUUGACCUUAGCCCACUGCCUCGACAAAGCCGGAAUCGACUAUCUUGUGUUGGAUAAAGGCGUCGUUGCACCACCAUUCGGAACAACUAUUACUAUUCAACCUCACGGAUGUCGGAUUCUGCAUCAACUCGGUAUUCAGGAUGAUGUGCUGGAUAGUUGCUCGACCAUGGGUAGAUGUUACUACCGCACUCCAGACGGACGAUGCUUCUUAGAAAACGACUUCUUCCCUAUGGUCAAGAAAUAUGCAGGAUACGAUACGCGCACGUUGAACCGACAGCUGUUCCUACAGAUCCUCUACAAUCGCCUUCCUGAUAAGUCAAAAGUCUUCGAGCGCCAUCGUGUCGUCGAUAUCAUCGAAGAAGCAGAAUCAACCCAGGUAAUCCUGUCAGAUGGGACCAAGCUUGUCGGAGAUCUGGUCGUGGGAGCCGAUGGGGUGCACAGCAAGGUGCGUGAGAUUAUGUGGGAAAAAGCCAACAAAACAAUUCCACAUUUCAUCACCGCCGCCGAAAAGCGAUCGAUGGUCACCACUUAUAAUGCCAUCGUAGCCCAAUGUCCCCCGAUCCCCGGAUUAGGCCCACACGACAUGCACUCGAUUUCAAAUGACCGCUUCUCAUUCCUCCUUCUCUGUCAGCCAACCUUUAUUUCGUACAUCGCACAUUGCAAGCUCCCUCAGGAUCAGCAGUGCACAUGGCCAAAUCGAGCGCGCUUCACCGAAGAAGACAUGGAGGCCCUGGCCCGCAAGCUGGCCGACUAUCCAAUCUGCGAGUCCGUCGUCUUCGGCGAACUAUGGCGCACCCGAACAAAAGCCCAGCUGAUCUCACUAGAAGAAGGCGUUCUAGACCACUGGUUCUUUGGCCGGACGGUAAUGACCGGCGACGCGAUUCACAAGGUGACGCCGAACUCCGCACUAGGCGGAUGCACGGCGAUGGAAGACAGCGUCGCAAUUGCCAAUCAACUGCAUGCACUCUUGCACCGACACCCGAAUAAGAAACCGUCAACGGUAGAGAUCAGCGCCGCGAUGCAGGAGUAUCAGGAUUCGCGAAUUGAGCGCGUCAAGGCUAUCGUCAAGGUCGGUGGGGAUCUUACGCGCCUGCAGGCAUUUGACGGGUGGUACUUUUACAUCAAGCAGCGCUGGGUCACCCCGUGGAUUGGUCUGGAUCAGCUGGCCAUUAAUAUUGCUAGUCUGUGCAGCACGGGCAAUAAAUUGAGUUUUGUUGAUUUUCCUGAGCAGAAGGGUCUUCUCGGAUGGCAGGAUACUAUCGCCGCAGAGGCGAAGAAGCAGGGACUGGCUAAGCGCAAGCAACAAUCGAAGCGAGUGCAGCCAUGGUGGGCUUGGAAUGGAGAGCUACAGCAGAUUUGGCCAUUCCUGAUGGGACUGUUUCUGUGCCUGGGUUCGACGCUGUUGUGGCUUUUGCCUAGUGAUUCCCAGCAUUUGUGGUCUGGGGUCCAGACAUCUCAUUUGAGUAUAUACAAAUGA